CUAAACGGCUAAACCCCGAAUACUUCCUUUUUCUUUCUCUCGUAUAAGCGCAGGCACAGCCUUCAUCGUCUUCCCUCUCGUAAAAUGCCGAAGAAAAACCUCAGACGUUCCUUCACUUUGUUUAAUUCUAUGCAUCUUUCCUGAAAAAAGGAAAUUUGACCAUCUGAGUAGACAAUCAGGCAGCCCUCUUGCGAAUGAACAUAGCAGGUGUGGCGUUAUUCUGCUCGGACAUGGAUUCUUUUGCUCUUCAGACUUGCUGAGUUGGGUUUUAAAUUAACGCCCUUCGCUGAAGCUGGUCUAGUAAGCUUAAGUACAUUGAGCUGGUCUAUUCCGGAAAAAAACCCUAACUAGGGCUUUCAGUUUUCACAAAAUGGUGAAGAAGAGCAAGAAGAGCAAGAGUAAGAGAGUGUCGCUGAGGAAGAAGUAUAAGAUCAUAAGGAAGGUGAAAGAGCACCACAAGAAGAAGGCUAAAGAAGCGAAGAAGCUUGGUCUCAAGCAUAAGCGCAAGGUCGAGAAGGACCCUGGCAUCCCCAAUGAUUGGCCCUUCAAGGAACAGGAGCUCAGGGCCCUUGAAGCUCGUAGGGCUCGGGCUCUUGAGGAGCUGGAGCAGAAAAAAGCCGCACGGAAGGAGAGGGCCCAGAAGAGAAAAUUGGGGUUGCUUGAGGAGGAUGAUGAUAUAGCCCAACUUGCUGAUACAGCUGCAGCAAAGGAACAGAAGUUUGGAGAGAAAAACAUUGGCGAGAAUUCCUUGGGAAGUGGUAGAAACCGGGAUAAUUCAGAUAGGGCUUUCUACAAAGAGUUGGUUAAAGUUAUAGAAGCAUCAGAUGUCAUUUUGGAAGUUCUUGAUGCUCGUGAUCCCCUUGGUACCCGGUGUGUUGACAUGGAAAAGAUGGUAUUGAAGUCUGGUCCUGAUAAGCAUCUUGUCUUGCUGCUGAAUAAGAUUGAUCUUGUUCCCCGAGAAGCUGUUGAGAAAUGGCUCAAAUAUCUUCGGGAGGAGUUACCUGCAGUAGCAUUCAAGUGUAGCACCCAAGAACAGAGAUCAAAUUUAGGGUGGAAAUCUGGAUCAAAGGCUGCAAAGCCAAGCAAUCUUCUGCAAACCAGUGACUGUCUUGGAGCUGAGACUCUUUUAAAGUUGCUGAAAAACUAUUCAAGAAGUCAUGAGAUAAAAAAGUCAAUUACAGUUGGUGUUAUUGGACUUCCUAAUGUUGGCAAGAGUAGUUUGAUUAAUAGCUUGAAGAGAUGUCACGUUGUCAAUGUUGGUGCUACUCCAGGAUUAACAAGAUCAAUGCAAGAAGUUCAGUUAGAUAAGAAUGUGAAAUUGCUGGACUGUCCUGGGGUUGUAAUGCUGAAGUCUGCAGAGAAUGAUGCAUCUAUAGCUCUUCGUAAUUGCAAAAGAAUUGAGAAACUAGAUGAUCCUAUUGGUCCUGUGAAAGAGAUUCUUAAGCUUUGCCCUGCCAAAACAUUGAUAACAAUAUACAAGCUUCAAAACUUCGAUACAGUGGAUGACUUCCUACAGAAGGUAGCUUCUGUUAGAGGUAAGCUCAAGAAGGGUGGUGCUGUUGAUGUUGACGCUGCUGCAAGAAUAGUUCUUCAUGACUGGAAUGAGGGUAAAAUUCCAUAUUAUACAAUGCCUCCAACUAGGAAUCAAGGGGAGAAUUUUGAGGCAGCUAUUGUAUCAGAGCUUGGGAAAGAGUUCAAUGUUGAUGAAGCUUACAAGGGUGAAACAUCGUUCAUUGGAAGCCUCGAAUCUGUAGAGAAUUUCCAUUCUGUUGAAGUUCCUCCAAGUUGUCCUUUAAAUUUUGAUAAGAAGAUGCUAGAGGAUGAUGUACAACCUGAAGUGUUAAUUCAAGGGGAUGCCCAACCCAGAGAAAUGACUGAAGUUGAUGGCGAUCAACCCAUGGGAUGUGAUGAAGAUGAUGCAGGAAAGACCAAAGCCAAAACUGUCAAUAGCAGGCAAAAUGAAAAAUUAUAUGCAGCAGAAGGGAUAUUGAAUACAAGGCUUCUUAAGGCAGAGAAGAAGAAGCGGAAGAAAGCUAAGAAAGGAAGUGGAACAGACAACAUGGAUGCUGACUACGAUUUUAAGGUGGAUUAUGCUAAGAGAGGAUCUACAAUGGAUGUUGGUGAUGAAAGUGGAGAGGGUGAAGAUGGUGAUGAAAUCAGCGCUGAGGUGCCCAUGGCUGGCAUCGAGUUUGAUGAGUGAAGAUAACAUGAUUAGGUUAUGAUCUGCAAAUUAUUGUACAAUACUUGGGCUUUGGGGCUUCCUCAUUGGUUGUCCCUUUUAGAGUUUGGGUUGAGGUUUUCUCCCUGUUGAUUGCUCCUUAUUGACGAAUGAUCAGAUGUUCUUUGUUCAAGAAGAGAGGACCUUGCGAGUAAUUUCAACGGGUUGUAGAACCCAAAAUUUUGUGAUUUGUUAUCUUUUUCUCCCAAUAAAGUGGUUGACUUAUAAUUUUAUAUA